CUGAAACGGAGCGUAUCUAACAGCGAAGAGAGCUAAUAUCCCGAAUCUAAAUGCUAUAAAACCGGUGCGUUUUAGUCCAGCAGGACCAGGGAAGCCCCAAGACUCAACCAGACUACGAGCAAUUCAGCUAUGUCUUCCGAUCCCGACAAGUUGAUGACCAAAGCCGAUAAGCUAACAAAACUGAGUCUUACAAGGUGGAGUGCUGAUUGGAAGACUGCUACUGUUUUAUAUGAACAAGCUGCUAAUGGAUUUAGAGUCUCCAAAACCUAUGAGAAAGCAAAAGUGGCUUUUGAGAAGGCCUCAAAAGGACAAGAGAUGCUCUCUUCCCCCUGGGAUGCUGCUAAGCACAUGGAGUCUGCUGCUGCUCUAGCAAAAGAGCUAGGCAACUGGAGUGAAGUUGCUGACUUUUAUAGAAGGGCUUCUGAGUUAUAUAUUGAAUGUGGGAGAUCACAGCCUGCAUCAGAUGCUCUUGCAAAGGGUGCCCGCGCUCUGGAAGAUGCUGUUCCUGAUGCUGCAGUUCAACUUUAUACUGAUGCUUGUAAUAUUCUUGAAGAGGAUGACAGGGACCAGAUGGCCUUUGAUCUAUAUCGAGCUGGUGCUAGUGUUUAUAUAAAGCUUGAGAAGUAUUCAGAUGCUGCAGCAUUGCUAUUGAGACUGGGCUUAGCAGCUGACAAGUGCAAUGCUACCAAUAGUCAAUUCAAGGCUUAUCUUAGUGCCAUUAUAGUAUAUCUUUAUGCUCAUGACUUGCAGCAGGCGGAAAAAUGUUACAAUGACUGUUCUCAGAUCGAUGCUUUCUUAGGUAGCGAUCAGGGCCGCUGUGCUAGCAAGUUUCUUUCUGCUUAUGCAGAAGGUGAUGUUGAAGAAAUCAAACAUGUGGCUCAAUCAAGCACCAUUAAGAAUCUAGAAAAUGUGAUCAUCAAGCUGGCAAGGAAGCUACCUACUGGAGACGUGAGCGAGUUGAAGACUAAUGCAGGUCAAGAAGAACAGUUGGAUGAAAAUGACCUUACAUAAACUCAUUUCUGUUUGUUUCAUACAUGGGUUUGUGAUUAUAUAUACACUUUGCUUGAUUAUUUGGUAUUAUAUCAGCACUGUGUAAUUGCUGCAAUAUUAUUGAAUGAAAAAAGAGUUGGUGUAAAAUGGGAUCGUGCUACUACUAUUAAAAUGGUCAAUGUCAUGGCUAAAUAGAUCUUGUACAACCAGGAGAGGAAA